AUGGCCGACGAAAGCAGCAUGGAUGAUUCGCUUGAGCUCUUCAAGAGAAGAAGCCGUAUGGCUCGAUGGCGACAAUAUUUGGCGGAGGAUGCGAACAAGGAGUGGGGAGAUUUGAUCUUGAUUGUCGCGUGCUUCAUAUCCGGCCUUGUUGAUAGUGCGGUCUUCAACGUCUGGAGCUGCUUCGUGAGCAUGCAAACUGGAAACACCGUUUAUGCCGGUCUGGGAAUGUCUGGUCAACCUUUAAGUCAGCCAUAUCGCUGGGUCAAAUCUGGCACCGCCAUCCUCAGUUUCUGCUUGGGAACCUUUUUCUUCAGCCGAGUCUGUCGUUUCUUGGGUCCGCUUCGCCGAGGCACUCUAAGCGGCUCGUGCUUCUUUCAAGCUCUGCUCUGCUUUAUCAGUGGGGUGCUUGUGGUCAGCGAUGUUGUCCCCAACGAUGCCGGCGAUCAGCUACCCUACAACUACAUCGUCCUGCUUCCUCUGGGGCUCCUCUCAUUCCAAUCGGCUGGCCAAAUCGUGAUGAGUAGGAUGCUGUCGUACAACGAACUGCCGACAGUCGUCCUGACAAGCACAUACUGCGAUUUGAUGUUCGACCCGACCCUAUUUACGGCACCCAUCACUCAGAAUCCGAAGCGCAACCGCAGAUUUGUGUCCGCCGUAGCGCUCCUCCUAGGCGCUGGACUCGGAGGUGCCUUGACUGAGGGUGGAGACAUUUCUAACCCACUAUGGAUUGCAGGAGGCACCAAAGUUGUGAUGGCCGUGGUAUGGCUCUUUUGGAGAGCGGAGGGAUCAAUCCGGCUGGAGUGA